CAACACUCCAAUUUCAUGGUAUUUCACAACAGAAAUCAACCAGAUAAUUAAACACGAAGAUUUCCACAAAUUUCACCAAAAAUAGAAAAGAAAAAGAAAAUCAAGCAAACCGGCAAUCAAAAUUUCAAAUUUCAAACUGCUGAACUCAUUUGUGUAUACGGAUUCUAUCCAACUUCUUCUCUUUUUUUUUAUAGCUUUGAGUCGUUGAGCUUCUACAGUCGAUCAUAUAUGGUUUCGGUGCACCCGAAUCCCCAUCCGGGUCAGGGUUUUACCCAUUUAUACAAUUUCCACUUGGGCGGGGAUCCGAUGAAGGCAGCAGAGAACAACACGGCGUCGUACUGGAGCGCCGCCGCCGCCGCCGUGGAUGAACCCGGAAAGAAGGUCCGCAAGCCUUACACGAUCACCAAGUCGAGAGAGAACUGGACUGAGAUGGAGCACGAGAAGUUUCUAGAAGCUCUUCAUUUAUUUGAUCGUGACUGGAAGAAAAUUGAGGCUUUUGUUGGCUCUAAGACAGUAAUCCAGAUUCGCAGCCAUGCUCAGAAACAUUUUAUGAAGGUUCAGAAGAAUGGAACGAGUGAACAUGUUCCUCCUCCACGUCCAAAGAGAAAAGCAGCUCAUCCUUAUCCGCAUAAAGCCCCCAAAAAAGUUGCCUCUCAAACCUCAGAACCGCUGUCUUCAGCUGCUCUUCUUGACUCCAAAUAUGCUGUGGGGCCUCAAUCAGUGUCAGUGCCCAGAAAUAUAAUUAGCAGCAAAUCUCUGUAUCAUUGGACUCCCACGGUGCCAACAGGCUGUGCCUCUCCUAUGUCAAGUGAUGAUUUUGCAUUAUCUGGUGGUGACAUGAACUGGAGUAGCAACAGUGAUGACAUUGCUCUUCACAGAUGGACGUCUAAUGAGACGAAUAGCCAAGUAAAAGAAAAAGUGAUACGAAAAAGAGCAGCUCUACCAGAUUUUGCUCAGGUUUAUCGCUUUAUUGGCCGUCUGUUUGACCCUAGUGCCAGAUGUCACUUGACCGAGCUAAAGAAGAUGGAUCCCAUAAAUAUCGAGACGGUGCUGAUGUUGAUGAGCAAUCUCUCAGCUAAUUUGGUCAGCCCUGAAUUUGAGAAUCAUAAGAAGCUGCUCUCGUAGUACAAUGCUGACAUUCAAAACGACCACACGAGCAGUGAAACCUCUUCUUAGGAGUAUUGCAAGCAUGAAAGCUCCUUGUUAUGGAUGAACCAAAUUCGGGAGUAAAUAGCAAGUUAUCUUUUCGUUUUUUCUUGUCAUAACUAAAUUUGGAAUCUAGCUGUUCUUGAGGGACAAACAUUCCACAGCUGUAGUGUGUGUUUGUGUGGUUGACAGAGGCAUAUUUUAUUGCAUCGCAUCCUCUGGAAUUGAUUGUGGAUAUCAGAUUGCAAUAUGUCUAUAUAUAAAGUUGAGGCAAUCAGUUUUUGAAAUAA